GGUGUUGGCAAAUCGUGCUUAUUGCUACAGUUUACAGACAAGAGGUUUCAGCCUGUGCAUGACCUUACUAUUGGUGUAGAGUUUGGUGCUCGAAUGAUAACGAUCGAUGGAAAACAGAUAAAACUUCAGAUAUGGGAUACGGCAGGACAAGAGUCCUUUCGCUCCAUCACAAGGUCAUAUUACAGAGGAGCAGCAGGUGCUUUACUAGUAUAUGAUAUUACAAGGAGAGAUACAUUCAACCAUUUGACCACCUGGUUAGAAGAUGCCCGCCAGCAUUCUAAUUCCAACAUGGUCAUUAUGCUUAUUGGAAAUAAAAGUGAUUUAGAAUCUAGAAGAGAAGUAAAAAAAGAAGAAGGUGAAGCGUUUGCACGUGAACAUGGGCUUAUCUUCAUGGAAACUUCUGCUAAGACUGCUUCCAAUGUGGAAGAGGCAUUUAUUAAUACAGCAAAAGAAAUUUAUGAAAAAAUUCAAGAAGGAGUGUUUGACAUUAAUAAUGAGGCAAAUGGCAUUAAGAUUGGCCCUCAGCAUGCUGCUACUAAUGCAACACAUGCAGGCAGUCAGGGAGGACAGCAGGCAGGAGGAGGCUGCUGCUGAGUCUGAUUUUACUGUCUUAACUGCCCGCAUGGGGCCUCCUCACUUGUUCUUUCACCCUUUAUCCUCCUGCUCAGCUGAGACAUGAAACUAUUGGAAAUGGCUUUGUGUCCCAGAAGACUUUAAUCUUUCAAAUUCUUGUAUAACUUUGAAUAAAUGGUUGAUGUUCACUAAAAGAGACAAAUUUUGGAGAUUGCAUUCAUAUCUAUUUACAUUUGAUUUCUAGGUCAACUGAUGUGAUUAUUUUUGUUAAAUGUUGUCUCGUGCCCUUGACUACAAACUGAAUUGUAUUAAACACUACAAAGUCAUCGUGAGUAUUUGAAAUCAGUUUGUGUAGUUAGGUUUCCCAGAACCUGUGGUUACCUAAUGUUUAAUAUUACAGAACUGUCCUCAAAAUUUUGUCAAUUUUCAAGGCUAUAAGGAAAAGCAGAAGGACUCUUAAUUCUGUAUUUAUCAUUUACUUUCUGUAUAUAUAGUUUAAUAACCUGCUUGGGUAUAAUUUGCCAAGCUUCAAUUCUUUAAUGCAUUUGCAUAAAUUCUACACUGUUUAGAGCUUAAAGCUACCGAAGCAUUGUUAGGAAUUGCUUGGACGCUGAAUUUUAAACAUUCUGACAUUGUUAAUGAGCAUGUUCACCUUUUAUUGUCACUAGUCCAAGAAAAAUAUGCUUAAUGUAUAUUACUAAAGGGUAUGUAUGUGUUGACCUGUUUUAAUGCCAAAAGUUUGCUAUUUGUCCAUAAUUUCCUUAAGACCUCUUGGAAAAGGAUUUGUUUGCCUUAACGAAAAUUGUUGAGUAAAAAGGACAGAGGCAAGGAAUUCCUAAAUGAAAGCAACUCCAAGAAGAAUGAAUAUCCACUUUCAGAUGGCACAUUAUGAGUCUUUUCUUAAACACAAUAAUGUUUUCUUUUUCUUUCAUUCACCUGAUUUCUAAAUGCCUUUUUUUUUUUUUUUUAAUACAGGACAGUUUUUCAACCCUAAUGUACAGUGACUGUGUAAAAUUUUUCUUUCGGUGACAACCUGUAAUCUUUAAAAUAUAAUAAGCAUCUUGUCUUUUUUGAAGGAUACAUGACAAUAAGUCUACCAGAGGGGAAAUCCUGUUAAAAAGUAGAAAAACUAGUAAUUGACUCAUUGUGGUGGUUUUAUCCUUUGGGGUUUUUUUUUUCCCUCCUGUGACCUAUAAUGGAAUUGUUAUAGCCGUGCAAAAUAAAAUCCUAUAUAUAAAA